AUGAAGAAGAACAACCAUUUCCUCACCGUGGUUUCCCAAGAAAGUGUAUGUGGAGCUGGACCUUCGAGGCUUGAGGGUGCUGGCCUCGUGUCUGACAGAGGAGGCAGCCCAGCCUCUAAGAGGCCAGAUGUCAGACAGGCUGGGGACGGUGAUCCUGGACAUCACCAAGACAGAGCAUCUCUGAGGCUGCCCAGUGGGUGAAGGAGCAUGUGGGGAACAGAGUCCUUGCCCCUCUGCUUUGCAGGAGGGAGCUCUCCACUUCGGAGUGAAGAUGUGAUUGAGCCUGGUUACUUCAAAACUAGUAUCAGCAGCCCUGAGAAGAUUUCUAGGGCCACCCAGGAGGCAUGGAAUCAGGCCAGCCUGGAGGUGAAGGAGAUCUAUAGGGAGAAGUUCCUGGUGUCUGGUGACCUGUGCAUUCCCUGCAAAGCCAUGUGGCUGUGCCUGGUGGCCCUCGUGGGCCUCUACUUCCUCCUGCGCUGGUACCGGGAGAGGCAGGUGGUGAGCCACCUCCGAGACAAGUACGUCUUCAUCACGGGCUGUGACUCGGGCUUCGGGAACCUGCUGGCCCGGCAGCUGGACCUGCGAGGCUUGAGGGUGCUGGCCGCGUGUCUGACAGAGGAGGGGGCCCAGCAGCUGAGAGACCAGACGUCAGACAGGCUGGAGACGGUGAUCCUGGACGUCACCAAGACAGAGAGCAUCUCGGCGGCCGCCCAGUGGGUGAAGGAGCAAGUGGGGGACAGAGGACUCUGGGGCCUGGUGAAUAACGCUGGCGUCUCUGUGCCCGUGGCACCCAAUGAGUGGCUGACCAAGCAUGACUUCAUGAAGAUACUCGACGUGAACCUGUUGGGCUUGUUGGAGGUGACCCUGAGCCUGCUGUCGCUAGUGAGGAAGGCCAGGGGCCGCGUGGUCAAUGUCUCCAGCAUCAUGGGCCGGCUCUCCGUUUUGGGUGGGGGCUACUGCAUCUCCAAGUACGGCGUCGAGGCCUUCUCAGACUCCCUCAGGAGGGAGCUCUCCUACUUUGGAGUGAAGGUAGCUGUGAUCGAGCCUGGUUACUUCAGCACUAACAUCUGCAGCCCUGAGAAGAUUUCUAGGGCCAUCCAGGAGGCAUGGGAUCAGGCCAGCCCGGAAGUGAAGGAGAUCUAUGGGGAGAAGUUCCUGGCAUCUGUCAAGAAAUCAGUCAAAAAGCUGGAGUCAUCGUGUUGCAACAACCUGUACUUGGUGACAGACUGCAUGGAGCACGCACUGACGGCCUGCCACCCCCGUACCCGGUACUCCCCGGGCUGGGACACCAAGCUCCUCUACCUCCCCAUGAGCUACAUGCCCACCAUGCUGGUGGACACCAUCAUUUCCUGGAGCUCUCUGAAGCCCCUUAAGGCUCUGUAACCCAAGCUGCAGUGCAUGG